AUGACGGAUUUAAACUUACCUUCGAUUUUCGUGCCUUUAGUAGGCUUAGUAUUUCCGGCAAUUGCAAUGGCUUCUUUAUUUCUUUAUGUGCAGAAAAAUAAGAUUGUCUAG